UGUACCCACUGAUUGGCUGGAGACAACUUACAUUCGAGCGUGCGGCUUGAUCCUAGAGUGUUUCAAAAGACUUCCGAGCCGUUUUUGUAAGUGUUGUAGUUCGGAAUCAUGAGUUCAGACGAAUUGAAACUAAACGACCAAGACAGUAGUGAAGAGUCUACGGAUGAUUCGUUGAAUGGAAAUAACUACAAGCGCACGAAGAUCAGCAACGUCCUCGUAUUUUACGUAAACGGCAAAGAGGUGGUGGACGAUAAUGUUGAUCCUGUGUGGACGCUGCUUUAUUAUCUUCGCAACAACUUGGGUCUGGUUGGUACGAAACUCGGCUGUGCUGAAGGAGGAUGUGGAGCGUGUACUGUUAUGAUAUCAAAGUACGAUCGUCAAUUGAAGAAAAUAGUUCAUGUAGCAGCAAAUGCUUGUUUGACCCCAGUAUGUGCAAUGCACGGCAUGGCCGUCACUACCGUCGAGGGUAUCGGUAGUACUAGAACCAAACUACAUCCUGUACAGGAGAGAAUAGCAAAAGCUCACGGAUCCCAAUGUGGUUUUUGCACUCCUGGCAUCGUCAUGUCCAUGUAUGCUCUAUUGAGGACAAAACCAUUGCCAACUAUGAGCGACAUGGAGGUUGCAUUUCAGGGUAAUCUUUGUAGAUGCACGGGCUACCGACCGAUUAUCGAGGGUUUCAGGACGUUCACGGAAGAGUGGGAGCAGUCUCAGAGGCUGGCCGGAAACGACCAGGGCGCGCCCAAAGUUUGUGCCAUGGGAGACGCCUGUUGCAAAAAGGCGUUCACCUCCGAGCCCACGGAACUGUUCGACUCCAAGGAAUUCGUGCCUUACGAUCCGACUCAGGAGCCGAUAUUCCCUCCUAAAUUGCAGUUGUCUUCCGAGUACGACGAGCAGUACUUGAUCUUCAAAGGCAAAGAAAUCACGUGGUUCAGGCCAACUUGUCUGAAAGAACUUUUGAAACUGAAGCAGCAAUACCCGAAUGCUAAAAUUGUCGUGGGGAAUACAGAAGUUGGUGUGGAGGUGAAGUUCAAGCAUUUCGUUUACCCUUCCCUGGUAUUUCCUACUCAAAUCAAGGAGAUGCGAGAAAUUACGGAAUUAGAUGGUGCAUUGAAAAUAGGUGCUAGUGUCACUCUAGUCGAAAUGGAAGAGGCAUUCAGGCAUCAGAUGUCGACGAAACCUGAAUGUCAAACCAGAAUAUUCAAGGCGUCGGUAGAAAUACUACAUUGGUUCGCAGGCAAGCAAAUUAGGAAUGUCGCCGCUAUCGGAGGAAACAUCAUGACCGGUAGUCCAAUUUCCGACAUGAACCCGGUGUUGAUGGCUGCGAACGUGAAAUUAAACCUGUGCAGCCUUGAACGAGGUUUUAGGUCGGUAACCAUGGACCACACAUUUUUUACCGGCUACAGACGCAACAUUGUAGCUUCGGACGAGAUAUUGGUGUCGAUAGAAAUUCCUUUUUCUCUUCCGAACCAAUUUUUCGUGGCAUACAAACAAGCCAAGAGGAGGGAUGAUGACAUUGCCAUCGUGAAUUUGGCGAUGAACGUGUUUUUCGAGCCUGGCACGAGUGUCAUUCAAAAAGCUUUCAUGGCUUUUGGUGGCAUGGCACCAACAACGGUCUUGGCCACAAAAACCUGCGAUGCUAUUCGUGGAAAAAAGUGGAACGAAGAUUUGGUGGAAUCAGUAACUAAUUCCCUCAUCAAAGAACUUCCGUUACCCGGCGAUGCCCCGGGGGGUAUGAUUUUGUAUCGUCGUUCUUUAACUUUAAGCUUAUUCUUCAAAGGAUUCGUCCAUAUUUCGAAACAGUUGCAAAGGGACGUGGUCGAUAUCGAACCUUUGCCCAAAAAAAUCGAGUCCGCCGCUGAAGGCUUCCACUACGCACCUCCAAACAGUUCGCAAUACUAUGAAGUCACUCCAUCGAAUGGGGGCUCCACGGAUCUGGUAGGCAAGCCGAUAAUUCACGCCAGCGCGAUGAAACAAGUGACCGGAGAAGCUGUUUAUCUGGAUGACAUGCCAAAGAUCACCAACGAACUGUAUUUGGCGUUUGUACUGUCGACGAGAGCCCAUGCCCGAAUUUUGAAAGUCGACCCAUCACAAGCACUGAACGUCAAAGGAGUGGUUGCUUUUUACGACGCCAAUGACAUCCCGGAGCACAACAGACAUGUUGGUCCGAUAUUUCACGAUGAGGAGCUGUUUGUUUCCAAAGAAGUUACGAGUCAAGGACAGACAAUCGGUGUGAUCGUCGCAAACGAUCAACUGACGGCUCAAAAGGCUGCCAGACUUGUCAAGGUGGAAUACGAAGAUCUUUCACCAAUCAUAAUAUCAAUCGAGGACGCCAUAAAAGCUAGGUCUUUUCAUGAGGGCAGUGGUAAAAGUAUAGUCAAGGGUGAUGUGGACCGUGGUUUUACGGAGUCCGACCAUGUGCUCGAGGCGGAGGUGCACAUGGGUGGCCAGGAGCACUUUUAUCUGGAAACUCACAGCUCGUUGGCGGUUCCGCGGGAGGAGGACGAGCUCGAGAUAUUCUCCUCGACGCAGCAUCCCUCAGAGAUUCAAAAGCUCGUGGCCCAUGUGCUCGGCGUCCCCAUAAACAGGAUCAACGUGCGCGUCAAGAGAAUGGGUGGCGGCUUCGGUGGCAAGGAGUCUCGAGGCCAUCUCGUUGCUCUACCGGUUGCCUUUGCUGCUCACAGACUGAGGAAGCCAGUGAGGUGCAUGCUGGACAGGGACGAAGAUAUGAUGAUGAGCGGCACGAGGCAUCCGUUCUUAUUCAGGUACAAAGUGGGAUUCACCAGCGAUGGGUUGUUGAAAGCGGUGGAAAUUUAUAUCUACAGCAAUGCAGGAUACUCCAUCGAUCUUUCUCCGGCGAUUGUGGAAAGAGCCAUGUUCCAUUUCGAGAACAGUUACAAAAUACCAUCUGUCCGAGUUUACGGUUACAUGUGCAAGACCCAUUUGCCGUCCAACACGGCUUUUCGAGGCUUCGGGGGACCGCAAGGGAUGUUCGCCGCCGAGAACAUCAUCCGACACGUCGCCGACUAUCUCGGACGCGAUGUUACAAAGAUCGCAGAAAUGAAUCUGUACAGAGAAGGUGACACAACUCAUUACAACCAGAUACUCGAUCACUGCACGCUGAGGAGAUGUUGGAGCGAAUGUCUUGCUCUAGCUGAUCAUGAAGAACGCGUGAAACAAGUCGCAGAAUUCAACAAAGAGCACAGAUUUAGGAAAAGAGGACUCGCAGUCGUACCGGUGAAAUUUGGCAUUUCCUUCACGGCAUUGUUCAUGAAUCAGAGCGGAGCUCUCUUGCACGUGUACACCGAUGGCUCGGUGCUUUUAAGUCAUGGAGGAACGGAAAUGGGACAAGGACUGCACACCAAAAUGAUUCAGGUGGCCAGUCGCAUACUGAAAGUAAACCCGAACAAAAUCCACGUAGCCGAAACGGCAACCGACAAAGUUCCUAAUACGUCGCCAACGGCAGCUAGUGCAGGUUCAGAUCUCAAUGGAAUGGCUGUUAUGAACGCUUGUAAAGAGAUCAUGAAUAGAAUUCAAUACAUAAUCGAUGCCCAUCCAAAUGGCACGUGGGAGGACUGGAUCAAGAAAGCCUACUUCGAUCGAGUCAGUUUAUCCGCAACAGGAUUUUACAAAACUCCCGACAUAGGAUACGAUUUUGCUACAAACUCGGGAAGACCGUUCAAUUAUUUCACCAAUGGAGCUGCAUGCGCUGAGGUGGAAAUCGAUUGUUUGACUGGAGAUCAUCAGGUACUGACUAAGCACAAAUAA